AUGUCAUCUCAAUCGCGACAUGUCUAUACACGUGAAGAACGCACUAUACUCGAAGCAAGUUUUGCUUGCCAAUCGCAUCCGAAUAUUAUGGAAAAGGAACGUUUAGCUAAACUUCUCAAUUGCAAUAUUAUUCAAAUUUCGAAUUGGUUUCAAAAUCAUCGGCGUCGAAUGAAAAAACAGAACAAAUCUACGUUAUCGAACAUUUCAACAAGCAUACAUACAGUCUCUGCUGAUUCUCCCAUGUAUCAGCCGCCCUGUGCUUAUCAUCAAUCCCAAUGUGCAUACAAUAUCAAUGCUGACAAUUCAUCGUAUUAUUACUAUUAUCAUCCGCCAACGUCCCAAUAUAUCUAUUCUCAUGAGCCUGUUUACAUGCAAACGACAUAUUUUGAUCCACUUGUAACUUAUGAACAAUAA